AUAAAACAGUUAGUUCAGCCCGUGAGAACUUUGCAUCGAUUCACGUAGGUUAUGCUAAUUUAGUGAAAACGGCGCUGUUCCAGGCUCUUUCUAUUUACUUUAGUUUUUACAAACGAUUCCCGCCCCAGUGCUAUGGAUAUGAUUCUCGCGAUUAACACCAGAACUCCGGUUAGGCGGAGAUUACACAAAGAGACUGGGGAUGACGGAGAGAGGGUGAAACGAAUGAACGUAACAAAGUUUUCAAACGGCACCAUGGUUAUCACCAACACGAGCGAGGUGUUAAACGGCACAGACGUUUUGAUACAAGCCAAUUUAGAGCAAAAAGUUGCAGACAAUUUGCUGGAAGGCGACAUAUUGUUAGACCCGAGGGAUCCUGACGAUUUUAAGAUACUGAAACUCAUCAAGGAGGAAAAGAAAGAAGAGGCGGAACACAUCUUUGAAAAACGACAAGCAAUGCGACAAUUGAAACAUUUGUGGCAUUCAAGAGUUGUGCCUUAUGAAAUUGAUCCAUCACUUGGCGAUGAGAGUUCGAUUCGUGUUAUUCAAACCACAAUUGCUAUGUUCAACACAAAAUCUUGUGUGAAGUUUCUACCACGCCGAGGAGGAGAAAGGAAUUGGGCAAGGUUCAUUAAAAAUGAUGGGUGUUCUUCGGGUAUUGGACGAUCAUAUGUUAGACCUGGCUGGCAGCAAAUCUCCAUCGAUGAAGCUUGCAAACACCCGUCUAUAAUCAUGCAUGAAAUGCUUCACUGUGUAGGCUUUUUUCACGAGCAAAGCAGACCGGAUCGGGAUCAGCAUCUAAAGAUUCUUUGGGAAAAUAUCGGUGAAAGGGAAAAAAGUCAGUUUCAAAAGUAUAGUCACGGUGAGAUCGACCAGUUUGGAUACAACUAUAACUACCAAAGCAUAAUGCAGUACGGAAGAACUGCAUUCUCAAAGAAUAAUAAAAACACGAUGGAGGCAAUAUCCGAUGCAAAUAUGAAAUUAGGAGGAGAUUUCAUGACUCAGGAGGAUAUUAAUGAACUGAACACGCUGUACGACUGCGGAACGACCUCGUUCAAUACUUGGACAAGUUGGAACACAUUCUCCGAGUGCGAUGAAGCUUGCUACAAAAGUAGACAAAGAUAUUGUUUUGGAGCCAGCCCAACGUCUUGUGGUGGAAGCCCCAAUCCUUACGGUGUCGAGUCUGAACGGAAAAAAUGCUCGGCUAAUGUCUGCCCAGCUGCGAUCCAUGGGCAUUGGGGAGAGUGGUCUCCGUACGGGCCAUGCAGUAAGACUUGUGACGAAGGUGUUCGAAAGCGCACAAGAGAUUGCGACAAUCCCCGUCCAGAACAUGGUGGAAACCCGUGCUCUGGGAUGGACACCCUGACUGUUCUUUGUGUCAGACCUUCGUGCAGAAGUUCGUUAGGACCGUACGAUGCAGAUUUUCGAGACAAUCAUUUGGGUGAGCUGUGGAUGAACGAUAUUUACGACACGCCUCAAUUCGACUGGAGGACUCACAGAGGAGAAACCCGCACAGAAAAUACUGGUCCCUCUACCGACCAUUUUGGAUCUGAUGGCUAUUAUCUGUACGUGGAGUCCUCAAGUCGUGUGGCUGGUGACAAUGCUCGCCUGUACACGUCGAAGUACCUUCCAGCGACAGAAGGAACAUGCUUCAGUUUUUACUAUCAUAUGUUCGGUCACACUACAGGCACACUAACGUUGUCUAUUCUUCCUAAAGAUUCUCCUGGGAUUGAUAAAUUGUUUACUAAAUCUGGUGAACAGGGAAAUAGCUGGCAUUUUCAGAGAGUGGACGUGAAAUCUUCUACACCUUAUCAGCUAAUAUUUGAAGCUACGGUGGCCAAUGGCGAUUACUCUGAUAUUGCCAUCGACGACUUAUUUUUCAAGGAAGGCGACUGUGAUUGCCAAAACAACUAUCGGAUGUGUGAUACCUGGGCGGCAAGAAACGACUGCACUGUGUCUUAUGAUUUUAUGAUGAAGAAUUGCAAAAGAGCUUGUAAUUUCUGCUCCUGUGUUGACAAGCAUGCAAAGUGUAAAUCAUGGGCGAAGACUGAGUGUAAAAGAACAGCCAAAUACUCAAACUGGAUGGAUGCUAUGUGCCCUGUCACCUGCAAGAGAUGCGGGAAACUAAAUAAAGGGAAAUUAAAAUAA